AUGAAAUUCAUCUUUUUCUUUCUUAUUCUCAUUGUUUUCUUGAGCUCACUGGCAGAAUCUCGAGCUCUGGAUGUUUUGAAUGGAACUCCAUUGCCAACAGAUUUCAGCGGAUCAGAUGGAGAUCUUAAGGAAGGUGGCAGAAGAUACCCAGAUCCAGAUUUUCCAAAGGGAACUCCAUUGCCAACAGAUGCCAUCGGUGCAAAAAUUGAAUAA